AUGCCAUCCAUACAAGACACCAACUCCAAGGAGAUAGCGGACCUCCUUCGGUCGUACCGGAACGCGCUAGUCAAGUCCUCCGCCAGCGAUGUCAUCAAGCUUUACGCGCCUGAUGCCUUGCUCAUGGCCCAAGGGUUCCCCAUAGUCAGCUCUGCCGAGGACAUCCUCACCUGGUACGAGAACUGUUUCAAAAACAUCACGCUUGACGUCGUCUUCGAGAUCAAAGAGAUCAUGGUGGUAUCAGACGAGUACGCAUUCGCCACCACGACCAGUGCUGGUACUCAGAAGGACAACACCUCGGGCAAAGUGACAAGUGAGGGAAAUCAUGAACUGUUCGUCAUUCAAAAAGUUGACGGGUUCUGGAAGAUUGGCCGAUACUGCUUUUCGACCACAAAGGCCUAA